CGUGAGAGUGAGCAACGAACUAGGAGCAAGAAAUCCAAAAUCAGCAGCAUUUUCGGUGGUGGUGGUGACAUUGAUUUCUUUCAUAAUAUCAGUGAUCGCAGCAUUGGUGGUGCUUGCAUUAAGGGAUGUCAUUAGCUAUGCCUUCACAGCGGGUGAAGAGGUAGCUGCUGCAGUCUCAGAUCUUUCUCCAUUGCUAGCUCUUUCUCUUGUCCUCAAUGGCAUUCAACCCGUCUUAUCCGGGGUGGCUGUUGGAUGUGGAUGGCAAACUUUCGUUGCUUAUGUAAACGUGGGUUGUUAUUAUGGAGUUGGCAUACCAUUGGGUUCGGUUCUCGGCUUUUAUUUCAAAUUUGGUGCUAAGGGAAUUUGGAUUGGAAUGCUGGGUGGCACAACUAUGCAAACAGUUAUUCUAAUGUGGGUCACAUUUAGAACGGAUUGGACUAAGGAGGUAGAGGAAGCAGCCAAGAGGUUGAACAAAUGGGGGGAAAAGAUUAAGGAGCCGCUUCUAAACUAAAUUACUAAAGUAUUGAGGAUAAAUAAAACAGUUUUUUAAUUUUCAGAAUAAUUUUUUUUGUUUAAUAAUGUUUAUUUUGUAAAAAUAAUUCUAAAAAUUAUAUCUAUCUUUAAAUU